AUGAACUACUAUCGGUAUGUGAAACACUGAUUGAGAAACACUGGUAUAUAUAACCCUACAUAUUCUAAUAAAAAGUACACUGCAGUUAUGUUUUACAUUUAGUAGUUCGUGAUUAGUUCAGCUGCAAUAAAUCAAAAGUUAUUACGUUUUUUGUUUAAGAAAAUAUAUUAUGAUAAUAUAAAAUAUGGCAACAUCAAAAACUACUAAUACAUAUAAUCGACAAAAUUGGGAAGAUGCGGAAUUUCCAAUAUUAUGUCAAACCUGUUUAGGAGAUAAUCCAUACAUUCGAAUGACUAAAGAAAGAUAUGGAAAAGAAUGCAAAAUCUGUAUGCGUCCAUUUACAGUAUUUCGAUGGUGUCCAGGAGCAAGAAUGCGAUUUAAGAAAACUGAAGUUUGUCAAACUUGCAGUCGACUUAAGAACGUAUGCCAAACUUGUUUACUUGACUUAGAAUAUGGAUUACCUAUUCAAGUACGCGAUGCUGCAUUAAAAAUAAAGGAUGACUUACCUCGAUCGGAUGUAAAUAAAGAAUACUAUGUACAAAACAUAGAUAAUGAAAUAGGAAAAAUAGAUGCAACAACACCAGCUGGAGCCGUUGGUAAAUCAGCUGCUGCUAGUGAUUUGUUAAUGAAACUGGCUAGGACAAGUCCCUACUAUAAAAGAAACAGACCACAUAUCUGUUCAUUCUGGGUAAAAGGUGAAUGUAAAAGAGGAGAAGAGUGUCCUUAUCGUCAUGAAAAACCAACAGAUCCAGAUGAUCCAUUAGCAGAUCAAAAUAUUAAAGAUCGUUACUAUGGUGUUAAUGAUCCUGUGGCAGACAAAUUAAUGCGAAGAGCGGCAGCGAUGCCUAAGUUAGAUCCACCAGAAGAUAAAUCUAUAACUACUUUGUACAUUGGAAACUUGGGUGAUGUUUUAACAGAGAAACAAUUACGUGACCAUUUUUACCAAUAUGGUGAAAUACGUUCUGUGACAAUGGUUCCACGACAACAGUGUGCCUUUAUUCAGUACACGCAAAGAAGCGCAGCCGAAGCAGCAGCAGAAAGAACAUUCAAUAAAUUAAUAUUAGGUGGAAGAAGAUUAACGAUAAAAUGGGGACGUUCUCAAGGGAGACAAACUAUUUCAGCUGCAGAAGCAACUAGAGAAAUUUUGGAACCUGUACCUGGUUUACCUGGCGCUUUACCACCACCUCCAGAAAGCAUGGGAAAUAAUUUCUUUAAUCUACAGACAACUCCUGGUAUGAUGCCACCAAUGAUGAUACCACCACCACCGGUAGCACCACAAUUUAUGUUUCCACCUCAAAUGGCAGCUGCUGCUGCUGCAGCUGCUGCAACUCCUAUUUUUCCACCAGGCACAACACCAAUACAUUAUCCCAGUCAAGAUCCAUCUAGGAUGGGUGCAUCUCAGGGUAUUGGGAAGCCAUGGCCUGAAGAAUAAUAUUAAGAAAACGAUCUUUAUUAAAUAUUCUUUAUUAUUAUUAUUAUUAUUAUUAUUAUUAUUAUUAAAACAAAUCAUAAAUAUAAACACAUUUAUCUUCUUAACUUUUGCAAUAAAGUAUACAUUAUUUAUUGUA